GUGGUUGAAUUUAACUAAGUAUAUUUACUUGUAAGUACUGUAAUGAAGUACAAAUCUGAGGUAGGCUACUUGUACUUCUCAGUACACCUCAGACUCACUGCAUUUGUAGGACGGCUGUAGUUACUAGUCUUGCUUCUCAGAUUAGGUCUACAUUUUUCAUACCCUUCCUGUCCAGUGAAAACCACGUAUCUCCGAAUUGGGAGAUUUUUUUUUAUUUGAAUUAUGCUGAUAAACUGAAAAUGCUGCAGCACAGUGCGGUUAAGCCUGUCCCCCCGAUCCGUUCAGAGACCUCUAGUGCCAAGACUCUUAUGGACAUUGGGACCCGCCGGAUCUUCAACGAGGACCAUGAUCUCUUCAGACAAAGUGUCCGGCGCUUCUUUCAGGAGGAAGUGAUUCCACAUCACAAAGAAUGGGAGAAGGCGGGUCAGGUGAGCAGGGAGGUGUGGGAGAAGGCUGGUGAGCAAGGCCUGCUGGGACUAAUGAUACCAGAGGAGCAUGGUGGCAUCGGAGGAGAUCUGUUUUCUGUUGCUGUCAUGUGGGAGGAGCAAGCGUAUUCCAACUGCACAGGCCCGGGUUUCUCCUUGCACUCCGACAUUAUUAUGCCCUACAUCAGCAACUAUGGUAGCAAGGAACAGAUUGAACGCUUCAUCCCCAAGAUGACUGCUGGGAAAUGCAUCAGCGCCAUUGCCAUGACAGAGCAGGGAGCAGGCAGUGAUCUUCAAGGCGUGAUGACGUACGCCAAGAGGGAUGGCAGCGACUGGAUCCUCAAUGGCAACAAGGUCUUCAUUUCAAACGGCUGGAUGGCUGACCUGGUGGUGGUAGUGGCCGUGACAAACCGCAAGGCAAAGACGGCAGCACAUGGCAUCAGUCUGUUCCUGGUGGAGGACGGCAUGAAGGGCUUCCAGAAAGGGCGCAAGUUGGAGAAGAUCGGUCUGAAGGCCCAGGACACAGCUGAGCUGUUUUUUGAGGAUGUGCGGCUACCAGCUGAUGCCCUCCUAGGGGAAGUCAACAAGGGUUUCUACUACCUGAUGAAUGAACUGCCUCAGGAGCGUCUGGUGAUUGCUGCCAUGGCCAUAGCAGCCUGUGAGUUCAUGUUUGAGGAAACCAGGAACUAUGUGUUACAGAGGAAGGCUUUCGGCAAGACUAUCUCUCACCUACAGACUGUGCAGCACAAGCUUGCAGAGCUGAAAACUGAGAUCUGUGUGGGCCGAGCCUUCAUAGAUAACUGCCUUCAGCUCCACGCUGAGAAACGCCUGGAUGCCUCCACUGCUUCCAUGGCCAAGUUCUGGUCGUCUGACCUCCAGAACAAGGUGGCCACUCAGUGCCUGCAGCUCCAUGGAGGCUGGGGCUACAUGUGGGAAUACCCCAUUGGCAGGGCGUUUGUGGAUGCCCGUAUUCAGCCCAUCUAUGGAGGCACCAAUGAGAUCAUGAAAGAGCUCAUUGCUCGUACAAUUGUAGGCCAGAAGUAAGAAAUGUCCAGGCUGUCUUUUCUUUAUCAGUGAUUGUUAAUGCUGUAGGAUUACAGGGUUGAUUUUAGAUGUUAACAUGUAAAUUUGAAAGAGCACUAAUGGCUCGACGGUUUCUGUCACUUUACUGCUCACUGUAGUGUUAUUUGUGUAUAUAGUGUAUAUUGCAUUUAAAAAUAAUAGAUUCCAGAUAAAAAUUGCAUUGCAUUUUUGUAAAUGAAUGUUAGUAGUUGCUUAUGUGUACAAUAUGUUAAAUUUUUUUUUCAGAUAAACAUGCCUUUAUGUCAACACUGAAAAUGUGCUACCGUGGCUGUCCACUUGAUGAAAUAAAUACAUUCUACAGUAUGUUUUAUUAGCCAGUGUUGGUUAGAACCCACAGCCUUGAUCAAGAAUUUAAGCAGUGUGUUGUUUUAGCACAGCAUCGAGAACAUCUGAGACAUAUUUCAUAUUGGUUUAUUUAUGUCAUAUUAAAUGUUUUGACUUGAUUCUUAAUGUCUUUACAUAGUAGAUUGUGCCAUGCUUUCAAAGUUCAUAUUGGUCGAAGUGUGUGUACAUUUUUGCUAUUGCUCUCUGUACUUAUGAGGGCCCUCACAAGGAUAUGAAUAUUAAAAAAACAAUGUAAAGAAUUAGAUUCUGCCAUUUACGUCUUCUCUUUUUUAUAUUCCUAAUUCGUGUAUGAUUCAAUAAAAUCAAACAUUUAUUGAACAUGUUAUAUUAUUUUUAAAAGAUUAUAUCACGAUAAUUAUUAUUUUAUUGUCCAGCCCUAGUUAAGAUUUUAGGAGUUUGUCAAGGUGUGACUUGAGUUGAGGCUAAUGGAAAAGCUUAGGGAUGAAUUGUUAAUGAUGUAUCAUUAAAUUGAUCCCAAAGUUCAUCAGCA